CCAAUCUUUGCUACUCACCACGAGGAGCUCCUUGACUUGCUCUGUUCAUCGUGACCUUCUUCCAAAAUCGGCAACACCACCAUGACUUCGUCAGUCAGUGGCACGAAGGUGGAAGGCGGCGAUCAGACACCCGGUGGGCAAGGCAGCAAGGUGCUCCCGCUAGCAAACGCCCUCCAAGCCAAUCUCUCGCUAUUGCUUCGCAAUCUGGGCAAAAUGCUGGCCUACCAGGCGCAUCUGCGCUACAAUGCCGACUCCGCGUCCUCAUCACAGCGUAGGAUCGAGUCUCUCCCAGGAUGGAGCGAUAUGGCGCUAGCAGCUCGCAAAUGGCAGAUGGACGUAAGCGCCCUCAGUCGGUGGACCGCAGAGGCUCAGGAAGCCCUUGCUGUCGAGUACACGAGGGCGAAGAUGAGGGAGGCAGAAGAGGAACGGCAGAGGCCGUUGAGGGAGGCAAAGGAAGCUGAAGAGAGGAGGCAAAAGAGCGAAGCGGAUGCGAAGAGGCAAGAAGAGGAAGAGAAGGCAAGGGGAGAGACGACCGCAGCAGCUGAGGCAGCAGCACAGACGAGUAGCAGCGCUGGUCAAUCGCGGCCAGAGUCAAAGGGUUCAGUAAUUGACCUGACGGCAGACGAAGACGAAGGAGACGCUAAGCCAGCAGCAGCGUCGACGGCAACUAAGAGGUCCGCGGACGAUGGCACCGGAGAGAAUGAAGGGGACGUCUCUGUCGCCAAGAAGCAGAAGGUGGAUGACACCGUGGGCGGCCAAUCCUCGUCAUCUGACACUGCCUCCCACCUCCUCGCCUCUGCGACCACGACAAGCACUUCUGGCAGUAUCGCUGCGGGCAGCCAGCCAGGAGGCGCCCCAGCCUUCGACUUAAGCUCGAUGGGCCUACAAAACCUCGACUUCUCCGCCUUCAUGAACAUGGACGCCAGUGGCGGCGGCGGCGGCGGUAGCAGCAGCAGUCUCAGCGCCAAUGCUGGAAGUCUUGGUGACAAUAGCGGAAGCCUUGGGCAAGACCUCAGCUCGAUGGGUAAUCUCGACGCCGGAGGGCUGGACUUUGGUAGCCUAACGAGGAGUAACAGCAUCGGGGGUGGUCUGACAGGCUUUGGCGGGGCCGAUGGAUCGGGCAGCAACAAUGGAGGCGGAGGUGGUUUUGGUCAGGACGGGGCUGGUGGACUGGAGGGAAUGGACUUUGGUGCUGCGCUGGAGGGGGUGGAUUGGAAUAGCUUGAUACAGAGCUUCGGUGACGGCCAGGGGGGUGGUGGGGACUGAUGUGACUGCGCAGAGCACGGUGAGCGAAGAUGAGGCGGAUUCUUCACGGGUCUCCUCAUGAAAAUGUGAGCGAGAAGGGUGACAGGAGGCAUCGAAAAGGAUUCAUCGUGGACGUCGCGGCUUGCACGCGUAUCAGGUUCUUAGCCACACUCGAGAAUUCACGAGGCAUAUCAGAUGGACCACCCACACACUGAGACGCAAUGAUCGUUUCAAUGGAAGCCGGCCGGAGAUAAAAGUCGCGGCCAAGCACUUGCAAUUGGCGUUAGCAUUCGUCGAUCGGGUCUCCGGAGAUAUAGUAGCAUGAAGUGCUAUUG